AUGGAUUGUCUCGUGUUGCCGGUACCGGAGACGGAUUCAAAGCCCUUACCAUCUUCAAGGGAUGUAAAAGAUGUUGGCUUACACCCAAUGCCCAUUGAUGACGAUAACCCUUCAAGGUGGCCUUCAGAAUUCAACAAGCUGCAAAGAGAGGUAAUUGAACUUUGGGAUGCCAGGAACGUGUCAUUGGUUCACAGGACUUACUUCUUCCUCCUAUUUAAAGGUGACCCAAGUGAUUCUAUUUACAUGGAGGUUGAGGUCAGGAGAUUGUCCUUCGUCAAAUACACAUUUUCACGUGGAGAUCAGACUUUGGAAGAUGGCCAAUCUCUUAACACCCGCUUCAAGGUUUACAAAGAAGAGUACCUUCGCAAGCCAAAUCAAGAAGAUCUGAAUCGACUAAUUCGCAAAGCUGAAGACCGUGGGUGUCCGGGCAUGAUAGGGUCAUUAGACUGCAUGCAUUGGGAUUGGAAGAAUUGUCUCACUGGAUGUUGCUUGCUUAAUAAUUAUGUUAAAUUACCUCAAGAGUCUAAUAUGCUGUGGUUUUAUCAGGUCAUUGAAAGUUCAGCGCGUGAGUUUCUUGGCUAUGACAAAUCAAGCUCCCUUACUGCUGUUGUGAACUUUGUUGAUCUUGCUGGAAGUGAACGUGCGUCCCAGACGUUAUCAGCUGGAGCAAGGUUGAAAGAGGGUUGCCACAUAAAUCGCAGUUUACUAACUCUAGGCACUGUUAUCCGUAAGCUCAGCAAGGGAAGAAGUGGGCAUGUUCCUUACAGAGAUUCAAAGCUAACCCGCAUACUGCAGUCCUCGUUGGGAGGAAAUGCUAGAACUGCCAUCAUCUGUACCAUGAGUCCUGCACAUAGCCAUGUUGAGCAAUCAAGAAAUACCCUCUUAUUUGCGAGCUGUGCUAAAGAAGUGACAACAAGCGCACAAGUUAACGUGGUCAUGUCGGAUAAAGCAUUGGUGAAGCAUUUGCAAAAAGAAUUGACUAGACUAGAGAAUGAGUUGAGAGGUUCAGGACACAAAAUUGUUUCAGCUGAUUCUUCAACAUUACUGAGAGAAAAGGACCUUCAAAUUGAAAAAGUUUGGUUUUAUUUAUUCAUUAUGCAGCUCAAAAAAGAGGUAUCGGAGCUAACUCAGCAACGAGACCUUGCUCAAUCUCAGGUUAAGGAUCUGGUGCGAGUGCUUGGAGAUGAUAAACCAUCAGAAGAGGAUCUGGAACGUUAUUACCCCAAAUUGCGUGGGCAAGUUUCAUGGGACUUUGAAAUGAAAAUGGCAGGUGCGCCUGUUCGGGCCGUCUCUCGUGGCCGAGCCAACAGUGUGAGAUCUUUUGGCACCUCUCAGUAUUCUGAUGGAGACAGUAGGACUAGUUCAGAGGAGACUCUGUUCCAACUUCCUGACUUGGAAGAGAAUUUCAUGCACACUGAUUCCUCCCGGCAGUUAUCCGAUGGCAUUCCUAAUUUUGUUGACGGUAAUAAUCUGCAUCAAGAGGAAAGCAAAGAACAGUUUGAUGGAAAUUCAGAGGAUUUCUGCAAGGAAGUUCGCUGCAUUGAAAUGGAAGAGUCUGGCACAAACAGAUAUAUAGUGUCAAAUAUAUCAGAUUCAAGUGCUAGUAGAUACCAAAACUCAAAUAUGUCGUCUCCUUUCGCAAACACAGCUACCUCAGGACUGACCACAGUUGAAAAUGGAGAUGGCACAAAUCAGGAAUUGGAGUCACCCCUACCUAAACAAAAAGGUUUUGUAGUUCCUUCUUCUGAAAGGACACCUCAAUGGCUGCCCGAGAAAGAAAUGUUUUGCCCCUCUGUUGUGAUGUUGAGGAGGAGUAGAAGCUGCAAAGCAAGGCUUAUGAAUAAUUCGUCUCCAUGGUGGCUUGAGUUGGUAGAGAAGAAUGAGAGCACACCUGCUAUUGAGUUUGAGAAAAAAUUUAUAGGAAGGCCCGAGGGUUUCCAAAAGAAACUUCCUUCUCUGAACUAUGGUGCUGAGACUGAAAGGCUAUCAAGAAAUGCUUUUCAGGCUUCUGCAAGAAGUGCUGCUAUUGAUGAGCGUAAAGCACAGGAUACAAAAUCCACAACUGAUGACAAGGUAACUGAAAGCAGUACUUUAGUUGAAGGAGCAGAGGAAACGACCGAUACACAAUGCAAUACUCAAUUUGCUGAUUCUGUGGUACCGGAGACGGAUUCAAUGCCCAUACCAUCUCCAAAUGAUGUAAAAGAUGUUGGCUUGGACCCAAUGCCCAUUGAUGACGAAAGCCCUUCAAGGUGGCCUUCAGAAUUCAACAAGCUGCAAAGAGAGAUCAUUGAACUUUGGGAUGCCUGCAAUGUGUCAUUGGUUCACAGGACUUACUUCUUCCUCCUAUUUAAAGGUGACCCAAGUGAUUCGAUUUACAUGGAGGUUGAGGUCAGGAGAUUGUCCUUCCUCAAAGACACAUUUUCGCGUGGAAAUCAGACUCUGGAAGAUGGCCAAACUCUAACACCCGCUUCAAGCAUGAAGGCUUUGACUAGUGAGAGACACAUGCUGAGCAAGCAAAUGCGAAGGCGACUGUCUGAGGAUGAAAGAAAUAACCUCUACCUAAAGUGGGGUAUCAGUCUACACUCGAAGCAUAGGCGGUUGCAAUUGGCAAACCUCCUGUGGAGUAACACACAAAACCUGGACCAUAUCAUGGACAGUGCCACAAUUGUUGCAAAGUUGGUAGGUUCAGUAGAGCCCGAGCAAGCAUUCAAGGAGAUGUUUGGUCUCAGGUUUGCACCGCGAGACACUGUCACCAAGCGGAAAUCUCACUUUUGGUCAGAAAGUUUCAGGUCUCUUGUGUAAGCUUUUGCAAGAUUGAUCACCCAGUACAGAAAUUUCAUCGAGUCCAAUUCCAUUUGCGUAUAGAUUAUGAUUCCGUGUCAAAUAUCCCAUUUGAUAUUCUCUCUUCAGAUUGUAUAUUUUUAUUUUUUGGAUCUGCUUUCUGAUUGUAAUAUUUUUGUUUUUGAGUUAAAAAGUUGUGAUUGUAAAUUUGGUCAAGCUAGAAAUGGUGCGUAAGGCUUCCCUAGUUUCUUGUAAAGUAAAGCUCCUUACCGACGCUCAAAAGAAAAGAACACCAAGCUACAAUUUUUACCAUUCUCAGUCACUACUAAUUCUUAAUUCUGCCCA